AUGGCCUCCAACGAUGAAGCAAUCCCGUUCUUCAUACCCAAAACAUCUCCCCCUCCCGGCUCCGCCGUAGAGCUGACCAACUCGACCCCGACCCUCUUUAAACCCCUCAAGAUCCGCGACGUCACGUUCCAAAACCGCAUCUUCAUGGCGCCCAUGUGCAUGUUCUCCUGUGCCUCUUCAGGUCCCGCCAUAGGAAGCCUUACGCCCUACCACCUCAUCCACCUAGGCCAUCCAGCCCUCAAAGGCGCCAGCCUCGUCAUCAUCGAAGCCACCGCCGUGACGCCAAACGGCCGCAUAUCGCCCAACGACAGCGGCCUGUGGGACGACUUGCAAAUCGCCGGGGUGAAGAACGUAGCGGACGCGGUGCACGCCGUUGGCGGCAAGCUGGGGAUCCAACUUGCGCACGCGGGACGCAAGGCGAGCACCGUCGCGCCCUGGUUUGGUCGGCAGCGUGGGAAAGGCGGUGUUGCGGAGCCGGAAGUGGGUGGAUGGCCGGACGAUGUUGUGGGUCCGAGCGCGAUUCAGUGGUCGGAGACGUAUUGCAUGCCGCGGGAGAUGACGAAGGAGGAUAUCAGGGAGACGAUAGAGGCGUUUGCGGACGCGGCGAGGAGAGCGGUAAAGGCGGGUGUUGAUGUUAUUGAGCUUCAUGGUGCGCAUGGAUACCUCCUUUCGAGCUUUGUUUCCCCUUUGAGUAACCAGCGGACGGACGAGUACGGUGGGAGCUUCGAGAACCGGAUUCGAUUCAAUGUCGAAGUCAUCAAAGCCGUUCGCGAGGCCAUUCCACCGGGCAUGCCGCUCUUCUAUCGCAUCACGAGCACGGAAUGGAUGGAAGAGUCGGAUUUGGCAAAGGAACUCGGCAGCUGGGAUGUCGAGCAGAGUAUACGAUUUGCGAAGCUACUGGCGCCGCUGGGUGUGGAUCUGCUGGAUGUAAGCUCUGGAGGGAACCACGUGAAGCAGCGCAUUUGGCCGCAUAGCAAUUAUCAAGUCGGCAUUGCUGGGCAGAUUCGCAGGGCUUUGAAGGAGGCUGGCCAGCCGCUUCUUGUCGGCGCAGUCGGAAUGAUAACGGAAGCAGAUCAGGCCAAGGAGAUUGUCGAGGGCAAGGAAGAGGCUGUAAUGGCGAAGAGGCUUGUCGAAGGCCCUGAACCACAGGCCGAUGCUAUCUUGAUAGGGAGACAGCUUCUGCGCGAGCCGGAGUGGGUGCUACGGGUUGCAUUUCGUCUUGGGGUAGAGGUACAGUGGCCUCUUCAGUUCGGGUUCAGUGGCAAGUUCCUCAAAGGCAGCAAGGUUUAGAGAUGGGUUCGAGGUUUUGUGGGUUAGACCAUGAAUUAGACAACUGCUUCAUGAUAGAGUAAAGUCGGUAGAUGCAUGCGAAGUUGCUCCGCCCCUGCCUUUGACAUUGGUUAUGAAUUAGAUAUCAACGGCUCCCUUGUUCGCCUCACUCUUCCCGUCACUCGGUUAGGGUGUUUCCUGGGUCCCGGAUUGAGCUAUGGGUGU